GAAAACAGGAAAAACGUUUCAGCAGGAACACAGAUGUGUUGGUGCGUUGAGGGGAGGAGCGUGACACGGCUAUAUAUCCCCUUUGGACAGAAAUCUUAACUUCACUCUGCUGAGAGAGGAGAGGGACCGUCAUGUCGUACUAUGAGCAUAUCGUCUUCGACUAUGACCUCAAUGACACCGGCUCAGGUUCUGGUUCUGGUGACAUGGGGGUGGAUCUGCAGGAGCUCUGUGACAUGGAGCAUGUGAUUACUGAUGAGCUCCAGCAGGUCUUCUUGCCUGUGGUCUAUGCCCUCAUCUUCAUCCUGGGCAUCACUGGAAACGGCCUGGUCGUCAUAGUGCUGGGCUGCCAGCGCAGGUCAAAGUGCAGCCUCACAGACCGGUAUCGGCUACAUCUCUCUGCUGCUGAUCUCCUCUUUGUUCUGGCGCUGCCGUUCUGGGCCGUGGAUGCAGCUCUGGCUGACUGGCGCUUCGGAGAGGUCACCUGCGUUGGUGUGAACGUUAUCUACACAGUCAACCUGUACGGCAGCGUGCUCAUCCUGGCAUUCAUCAGCCUGGACCGCUACCUGGCUGUAGUCCGAGCCACGGACACCAACACCGGCGAGCUGAGGCAGCUGCUGGCACACAAACUGGUUUAUGUUGGUGCCUGGUUGCCCGCCGGCCUCCUGGCAGUACCUGACUUGAUCUACGCCCGCACUCAGGAAGGAGGCGAGGGGGCCACUCUGUGCCAGCGAUUCUACCCAGCAGACAACGGUCCCAUCUGGGUUGCAGUCUUCCACCUCCAGCUGGUCCUGGUGGGUCUGGUGAUCCCAGGUCUGGUCCUCCUUGUGUGUUACUGCGUCAUCGUCACCAGGCUGACCCGUGGCCCGCUCGGGGGUCAGAGGCAGAAGCGGCGAGCUGUCAGGACCACCAUCGCGUUGGUCCUCUGCUUCUUCGUGUGCUGGCUGCCCUACGGAGCGGGCAUCUCUGUGGACGCUCUGCUGCGCCUGGAGGUCCUGCCGCGCAGCUGCAGACUGGAGGCCGUCCUGGGCGUGUGGCUGGCGGUGGCUGAGCCCAUGGCGUUCGCACACUGCUGCCUGAACCCACUGCUGUACGCCUUCCUGGGGGCUGGGUUCAAGAGUUCAGCACGCAGAGCCCUCACUCUGAGCCGAGCCUCCAGUUUGAAGAUUUUACCACGAAGACGCCCAGGGGCCUCCACGACCACAGAGUCCGAGUCCUCCAGUUUACAUUCCAGCUAGUGUUUGCUUGUGCUGUAUAUAUGUGUAAAUACUGUGUAUAUGUGUGUGUGUGUUUAGUGUGUGAGAGGAGCAGUCUGCUGGCCCACGACUUGUCUUCCUCCUUCACUGUGAGGUUUCUCCUGUAAAUACUGUCAUCAGGUUUGUUUCACUGCUGCUGUGCUUGUCGUUUACUGUUGUAGAUGUUUGUAAUAAA